AUGUCUUCGUACAAACCCAUCGAUUCUAAAAGAGAGGAAUUCAGAAGAUACUUGGAAAGGGCCGGUGUUAUGGAUGCUCUUACUAAAGUUCUUGUGAGCUUAUAUGAAGAACCGGAUAAGCCCGAAGAUGCACUAGAAUAUGUACGUAAACAUUUAGGGACUGAGGGUGGAGAAGAUGAAUUGGAGACUGCAAGAGCUCGGAUUGCCGAGCUUGAAGCCGAAAAUGCGCUGCUAAAAGGUGAAGCUGCUCCAACGGAAGGAUGA